AUGGUAACUGGUGGUGCAAGUGGUAUUGGUUAUGCAACUGUUAAUGAAUUUGCCAAGGAAGGUGCUACGGUAGCUAUUUUCGAUUAUGAUGAAGAAAUAGGAAAAAAGGCUGAAGAACAGUUAAGAUCAGAAGGAAAAAAUGUUACAUUUUAUAAAGUGGAUGUAUGUUCAUUUGGCGACGUUAAAAAUGCUGUAUAUAAAUUUGCAGAACAAAAUGGAGGUGUGAUACAUCAUCUAGUCAAUGGAGCAGCAACGUUCAUCUUCAAAGGCUUGGAUGCUACAUUAGAGGAUUUUAAUAAAACAUUUACGACGAAUGUCAGUGGUUAUGCAUUCACGGUACAAGCUGUUCAUCCAUUUAUGAAAAAAGCCGGAGGUAAAGGUUGUUCAAUUAUUAAUAUUGCCUCAGUAUCGGGUUCUCGUCCUGAGGCAAAUAAAUGGACUUACAAUAGUAGUAAAGCAGCUGUUUUAACGUUAACAAAAUGCAUGGCAUUAGAUUUAAGUAAAGAUGGUAUUCGUGUCAAUUCUGUUUCACCAGCUGGUACUUGGACAUCCGCGCUUCUAAAUACAUUACCUGGUCCAGGUGGACGUGAAAAAUGGGAACCAAUUUUUGCUCCGCAGUAUAUGUUACAUCGAUGUGCUGAACCAAUAGAAAUAGCACGGCCAAUUUUAUUUUUGUGUUCGGAAGAUGCAUCGUUUAUUACUGCCAUCGAUUUACCAAUCGACGGAGGUCAUAUGUAA